AUGCAGCGAAGCGUUUCCCUCCUCUACACCAGUUUACUGGGGAUGUGCUUGGCUUCAAGCGCAAGUUUCCCAAGUAACAUCAAUAUAGGAGGAUUGUUCCCCACCGAGUCCCAUGAAUAUGAAGUGUUUCGCUUCGCCCUGUCACACCACCAGGACAUCCCUAAACUGGUGCCGCAGGUCGAUAUGGUCAAGAUGGGAAAUAGUUUUUCCAUGACGUAUGCCUUCUGUUCCCAAUUCUCCAAGGGUGUGUAUGCCAUCAUUGGAUUGUAUGACAGGAAGACGGUCAACAUGCUCAUGUCCUUCUGCGGCGCCCUCCAUGUCUGCUUUGUUACACCGUCCUUCCCAAUUGAGACGGCUAACCAAUUCGUCAUCCAGCUGAGGCCUGAGCUACAGGAUGCUCUCGUGGGUGUAAUUGAAUACUAUAGUUGGGACAAGUUUGUCUACAUGUACAGUUCAGACUCCGGGCUGUCAGUGCUCCAGAAGGUUUUGGAUACAGCAGCAGAGAGGGACUGGCUGGUGACUUCAGUCAAUGUGGAGACAAUGACAGAGGCGUCUUUCUUGAAAGUGUUCCAGGAUUUGGACAAGAGAAAGGAGGGUCAAAUUAUCAUCGAUUGUGAGACAGAGAGGCUCACUGGCAUCCUUAAAAAGAUUGUUGAGAAAGGAAAGAAUGCAAAGAGUUACCACUACAUCUUGGCUAACCUGGGUUUCCUGGACAUUGACCUGACAGACCUGCGGAAGGGUGGAGCGAACAUUACCGGCUUCCAGCUUGUCAACAACUCAGAGCCCAGUGUUAGUAGAGUUGUCCAGCAAUGGAUGGAAUUUGACAACAAAGAUUCCAAAAUGCCCAAGAGUGGUCUGAAAUACACUGGAGCUCUGACAUAUGAUGGUGUGAAAGUCAUGUCAACAGCGUUCCAGAAUUUAAGGAGACAAAGGAUAGACAUAUCGCGCAGGGGCAAUGCUGGGGAAUGUCUUGCCAACCCACCAGCCCCAUGGGGUCAAGGCAUAGACAUCCAAAGAGCCUUGCAGCAGGUCCGUAUUGAUGGUCUAACUGGUCACAUUCAAUUCAAUGAGAAAGGCCGUAGAACCAACUACACUGUUAGUGUCAUGGAACUGGCGCCAUCGGGACCCAAAAAGGUCGGCUACUGGAAUGAAGAUGAAAAAUAUGUGACCACCGCAAGCUUCAUGAGAGGGAGCAAUGACACAUAUGGCCUUCAGAACCGAACUUACAUCGUCACUACUAUUUUGGAAUCGCCAUAUGUGAUGCUUAAGACAAACCAUGAUAAGCUUGUUGGAAAUGAUAAAUACGAGGGCUACAUUGUAGAACUGGCUGCAGAGAUAGCCAAACAUGUUGGAUAUCAGUACAAACUGAAGAUUGUUUCAGAUGGCAAGUAUGGAGCAAAAGACCCUGACAGCAAAAUGUGGAACGGCAUGGUUGGAGAACUUGUAUAUGGGAAAGCAGACGUGGCUGUGGCACCUUUGACCAUUACCCUAGUCAGAGAGGAAGUUAUCGACUUCUCCAAGCCCUUCAUGUCACUAGGCAUCUCCAUCAUGAUCAAGAAACCUACUAAAUCGAAACCUGGAGUAUUUUCCUUCCUAGACCCUCUGGCUUACGAGAUCUGGAUGUGCAUUGUUUUUGCAUACAUUGGCGUCAGCGUCGUGCUGUUCCUUGUUAGUCGCUUCAGCCCAUAUGAGUGGCAUGCUGAUGACUACGAGGAAGGAGGUGAGCCACAGAGCCCUACUCAGGCUGCGGCCUCCAAUGGGUUGCAGCAGGGCCAGACAACAACCCAGCAAAACAGCAACCAGCAAAAUCCGGAGCAGUCCAAUGAGUUCGGUAUUUUCAACUCCCUUUGGUUCUCACUGGGGGCAUUCAUGCAACAAGGCUGUGAUAUCUCACCACGCUCCCUGUCUGGCCGCAUUGUUGGAGGGGUCUGGUGGUUCUUCACCCUCAUCAUUAUCUCAUCCUAUACUGCCAAUUUGGCUGCAUUCCUAACAGUUGAGAGGAUGGUGUCUCCCAUAGAGAGUGCUGAAGAUUUGGCCAAGCAAACAGAGAUUGCGUAUGGAACACUGGAUGCUGGCUCAACAAAAGAGUUUUUCAGGAGAUCUAAAAUCGCUGUGUUUGAGAAGAUGUGGUCCUACAUGAAGGCUGCCGACCCAUCUGUGUUCGUCAAGACCACAGACGAAGGCGUCAUAAGAGUUCGUAAAUCCAAGGGAAAGUAUGCCUACCUACUGGAAUCCACCAUGAAUGAGUAUAUAGAGCAGAGAAAACCCUGUGACACUAUGAAAGUAGGAGGAAAUCUGGACUCUAAAGGUUAUGGCAUUGCCACUCCAAAGGGAUCGCCCCUCAGAAACCCUGUAAACCUGGCAGUGUUAAAACUGAACGAGCAGGGCCUCUUGGACAAAUUGAAAAACAAGUGGUGGUACGACAAGGGAGAGUGCGGCAGCGGGGGCGGGGACUCCAAGGACAAGACAAGCGCUCUGAGCCUCAGCAACGUGGCCGGAGUCUUCUACAUCCUGAUCGGCGGCCUGGGCCUGGCCAUGCUCGUGGCGCUGGUGGAAUUCUGCUACAAAUCCAGGACCGAGUCACGCCGAAUGAAGCAAUCCAUCAAUGACGCCAUGCGCUGCUCCACCCUGACCAGGAUGAGCGGUAAUGGGAGCGGAGGAGAGAAUGGACGACUCCUCACCCAUGACUUCCCCAAGACCAUUCAGACACUACCAUGCAUGAGCCACACUGCCAGCAUGGGGUUGGGUGCCUCAGGAAUGUGA